UUCGUGCUGGGCAACGCGCAGGUGCGCGGCGCCUCGCCCGUGGUCUACUGCUCCGAUGGCUUCUGCGACCUGACGGGCUUCUCGCGCGCAGAGGUGAUGCAGCGCUGCUGCUCCUGCCCCUUCCUCUACGGGCCCGACACGGGUGAGCUCGUGCGGGGGCAGAUCCGCCACGCGCUGGAUGAGUGCCGCGAGCUCAAGGCCGAGCUCGUGCUGUACCGCAAGGGCGGUGUGCCCUUCUGGUGCCUGCUGGACGUGGUGCCCAUCAAGAACGAGAAGGGCGAGGUGGCACUCUUCCUGGUCUCGCACAAGGAUAUCACCGAGGCCAAGAGCCGGCCCGGCGCCGAGGCCCGGAAAGAAGGAGGCGGGCGGCGCCACUACAGCCGGGCCGGGGCCAAGGGCUUCAAUGCCAACCGGCGCCGGAGCCGCGCCGUGCUCUACCACCUCUCGGGGCACCUGCAGAAGCAGAGCAAGAGCAAGCACAAGCUCAGCAAGGGCGUGUUCGGGGCCAAGCCGGCGCUGCCCGAGUACAAGGUGGCCGCGAUUCGCACGGCGCCCUUCAUCCUGCUGCACUACGGCUCCUUCAAGGCGGGCUGGGAUGGGGUCAUCCUGCUGGCCACCUUCUACGUGGCCGUGACCGUGCCCUACAGCGUGUGUGUUGGCCCCGGGGCCGCCCCGGCUGCGCCGCCCGCCCGUGCCCCCCCCAGCGUCUGCGACCUCUGUGUGGAGAUCCUCUUCAUCCUGGACAUCGUGCUGAACUUCCGCACCACUUUCGUCAGCAAGUCGGGGCAGGUGGUGUUUGACCCGCGGUCCAUCUUCCUGCACUACCUCACCAGCUGGUUCCUGCUCGACCUGGUGGCCGCGCUGCCCUUCGACCUGCUCUACGCCUUCAAGGUCAACGUGUACUUUGGUGCCCACCUGCUGAAGACGGUACGGCUGGCGGCUGCUGCGGCUGCUCUGCGGCUGCUGCGGCUGCUGCCAAACCUGGACCGGUACUCACAAUACAGCGCCGUGGUGCUCAUGCUGCUCAUGACCGUCUUCGCGCUGCUGGCACACUGGGUGGCCUGCGUCUGGUUCUUCCUGGGGCAGCUGGAGAUCGAGAGCAGCCCCUCGGAGCUGCCCGAGAUCGGUUGGCUGCAGGAGCUGGCACGGCGCCUGGAGACCCCUUAUUACCUGGUGCGGAGGAACUGCAGCGCUUCCCCCACGGGCCCGGGGCCCUGGGCCUCCCCCAGCCCCGACUGUGAGGGCAACAGCAGUGGUUGGGAACUGCUGGGAGGGCCAUCGCCGCGCAGCGCCUACAUCACCUCGCUCUACUUCGCGCUCAGCAGCCUGACCAGUGUCGGCUUCGGCAACGUCUCGGCCAACACCGACACCGAGAAGAUAUUCUCCAUCUGCACCAUGCUCAUUGGGGCGCUGAUGCACGCCGUAGUGUUCGGCAACGUGACGGCCAUCAUCCAGCGCAUGUACGCACGGCGCUUCCUGUACCACAGCCGCAUGCGCGACCUGCGCGACUACAGCCGCAUCCACCGCCUGCCCCCGGCGCUGGGGCAGCGCAUGCUCGAGUUCUUCCAGACCACCUGGGCCGCCAGCAACGGCAUCGACACCCGUGAGUUGCUGCAGAGCCUGCCUGAGGAGCUGCGUGCCGACAUUGCGCUGCACCUGCACCGCGACCUGCUGCAGCUGCCGGCCUUCAGCACUGCAAGCCGGGGCUGCCUGCGGGCACUGGCGCUGGCGCUGCGCCCCUGCUUCUGCGCCCCCGGAGAGUUCCUGCUGCGCCGCGGCGAGGCCCUGCAGGCCCUUUACUACGUGGGCGCUGGCUCCAUGGAGGUGCUGCAGGACGGCACCGUGCUCGCCAUCCUCGGGAAGGGCGACCUGCUGGGCUGCGCGCUGCCGGCACGGGGCCGCGUGCGCCAGGCCAACGCCGACGUGAAGGGCCUGACCUACUGCGACCUGCAGUGCCUGGCACUGCGCGGCCUGGCUGCCAGCCUGGCACUCGACCCCGACUUCGCCCGCACCUUCCGCCACACACUGCGCGCCGAGCUCAGCUACGACCUGGGCGCCGGCCCCGAGGUGUGCAGGAGCGGGGGGGGCACCCCGGGGCUGGGGGCACGGGAUGGCACCGACUGCACCCCCUCGCCCCCCUCGCAGGCCGACACCAGCUCGCAGAGCGGGGACCCCACACCACUGUCCACACUGGAGGAGGCAGAGCCGGACCCCCCUCCGCGCCCCCCGCCCCGGCGCCCUAAGGCCCUGCCGCUGCACGGCCUGUCCUGCACCGGGCCCCCGGACCUCAGCCCCAGGGUGGUGGAUGGGAUCGAGGAAGACGCCUGCAGCUCCGACAAGCCCACGUUUGACUUCCACGUUGGGCCCGACUGCACCAGCCCCUCUCCUGGGACAGACAGCAGCCCGUUGGCCCCCCCACCGGAGGCGCCGAGUGCUGGCACCAUGGAGAAGUUGCGCCAGGCAGUGGCCGAGCUGUCGGGGCAGGUGGUGCAGAUGCGCCAGGGGCUCCAGUCGCUGCGCCAGGCCGUACAGCUCAUCCUGAGGGCACCACCUGGCCCCGGCACAGCCCCACAGAGCACAGACAUGGGUGCUGCCACCUUUUGCCCGCACCAGCUGCCACCCUGCCAUGGCCUGGACUGCACCGCGGCCCCCUCUCUGCCCGCAGCAACCUGGGGCUGGGCCCCCCCUGCUGCCCACAGCUCGCCCUGGCCGCACGCUGGCGCCUUCUGGGCAGCGGGGACGAGCUCAGAGCACAAGGCUGAGGGCCAAGCCUAUGAAAACCUGCACCCUGCGCCUGCCCCCUGCGAGGACCGCGAGCCCCAAAGCCCCAGACUGGAGGAGACGUCGGGUCCUGCACCCCUAACACUGCCCUGGGACCCGCACGGGCUGGAGCUGGCGCUGCUGGGGUGCCAGGGCCCUGCGGGUGAGGGCCUGGCUGGGGGCAGUGCAGGUUGGUGCCGUGAGGAAGGCACAGGUGUGUGAAGGGUGACGGGUGGAGGGAGGGGGCAUAGCAUGGCGGGGCAGGGCUGCCCCUUCAUUUUUCAAUUAAAAACCUGCAUUUGGAGCCUGUCUCUCUCACUCAGUGCCAGGACAGGGG